CUUAACACAAUACUUAUACUAAUCGCAAAGAUAUUUGAAAUGUCGGUUAUACGGUGAAUCAAUGAAGAAAUUCGAAUAAACUUUUUCAAUUGUUUGUUUCUUUUCUUCAAGAAAUAUAAUAUAAUUAAGUUAUUCUAAAAUCUAAGUAUUUUUAACAAUUCUUUUCACAGGAAAUUAACAAUAUACAAGCAAAGAAUUAUUAUUUAAACAUGGCCUUGAUUUUUCAAAAUCUUAAAUUACCUUCAAACAUUCCUUCAGAAUACAUCGAAAAUGCACAAAAUACGAUGUAUAAAAUGCAAGAACAUAUCGAUGGCCGUGGUUCAAAAUAUCAAUGGAGCUUGAAUGAUUUUGAAAUAGGGGCUCCUCUUGGACGUGGAAAGUUUGGUCGAGUAUAUCUUGCUAGAGAAAAGAAUACUCGUUACAUGAUUGCAUUAAAAACUCUUUAUAAGGUAGAAUUAAUAAAAGGUCGUGUUGAGAAACAAGUUAUGCGUGAAAUAGAGAUACAAUCGCAUUUACGGCAUCCACACAUUCUCCAAUUAUUAACUUUUUUUCAUGACCACAAACGAAUUUACUUAGUAUUAGAGUUUGCUGCGAGAGGAGAACUUUAUAAAGAAUUAAAACGUCAACCUGGAGAAAGAUUUAACGAGCAUCUUUCGGCCAAGUAUACGUAUCAAGUAGCUGACGCUUUGGAAUAUUGUCAUAAAAAUAAUGUAAUCCAUAGAGAUAUUAAACCAGAAAAUUUAUUGCUCACAUUUAAUGGCGAUGUCAAAUUGGCAGAUUUUGGAUGGUCAGUUCAUGCGCCUUCGUCAAAACGGAAUACAUUAUGCGGGACAUUGGAUUAUUUACCCCCAGAAAUGGUAACUGGACAAACAUAUGAUGUAUAUGUUGAUCAUUGGUGCCUUGGAAUACUCUGCUAUGAAUUUCUAGUAGGGAGACCGCCAUUUCUUAGCGAUUCUCAACAAGAAACAUAUGUGAAAAUAAAAAAUUUAAAUAUCCAAUGGCCGGAACAAAUUAAACCCGGUGCCAAAGAUCUUAUUUCAAAGUUAAUCAAAAGAAAAGGUUCUGAAAGAAUAUCAUUAGCAGCUGUAAAGCAACAUUUCUGGAUACAAGAACAUAAGAAUGAUGCAAAAUGAUCUACAUACACAUGAUUACGUAAAAACGUCAUAUUUAACGUUGCCUCGUGGCUCAAUUGAUAUUCGUUUGUUAUGUUUCAUUUUGCUCAAAUGUAUAACUAUUUUGAUACAUACGACCAAUCUGUAUAUAUAUAUAUAUUAGCAAAUUAAGGAUAAUACAAAAUUAUGCCUAAAAAGUUUUAAUAAUAUAAGAGUAAUUAGAUGCAAAUAUAAAUU